AUGACAAAGUCCCAUCGCAGUGAGCAGCUGCAAAUUGAUCCAGAUGGUUAUUUUGAUAUAAUCGAAAAACCAGAACAAUUUAUGGAAGUUGAUACGCAGAUUGCCCCCAAUACCAAGGGCAAUACCGCUGGCAAAUCGCCAGCCCAUGUGCAGCAUUUAUUGGAGCUGGCAAAGGCUGAAGCCGAUAGGGAGUCGCUGACAUCAUCGAAAAAAGGACGUAAAAAACCCUUGAGUCAUAUGCCCGCUUUCCUCUACAAUGGCGAAAAGGGCAAAAUACAAUCGAAUGCCAAGAAUAUUGAGCAUGAUACCAAUCACAAUUUCUUCUAUGAGCGCAAUGUCAUCACAGAGCCCAGUGUGCCGCCAGAGAAAUUGUUGUCGGACAAAAAGGAUAAAGGCGAUGAUUCUCAAGGCAUACCCAAGGAGAAGCUGCGGCAAUUAUCUCUAAAAAGGCGCUUGUUUAAACAACUGAAGGGCAAGAAAGUGAAAGCCGGCGGGGUAGGCCACAAUAAGAAACAUCGUAAACGUCAUGGAAAUGUACAAAAGCAACAGCAUCGCUUUUUAACGCAAAAACUCAAGGAAAAUGAGAUGCAUGCAAAGGAACUUAAAGAAAUUGAAAGUCCUAAAAUUGCCAGAAUGCAUCAUCCAUAUCUGCUGCCAGAUCAUAGCUCCUUGCAGAAUGAUGUACAUCGCUCCAAGAGGGCUGUCACAGCGAAAAAGGAACGUAUUUGGGAUUAUGGGGUAAUACCCUAUGAAAUCGAUCACAUCUUCAGUGGCGCCCACAAGGCACUUUUUAAGCAGGCUAUGCGUCAUUGGGAAAAUUUCACUUGCAUAAAAUUUGUGGAGCGAGAUCCCAAGGUGCAUCCCAACUAUAUAUAUUUCACCAUCAAAAAUUGUGGAUGCUGCUCUUUUGUGGGAAAACGCGGUAAUGGUCGUCAAGCUAUUUCUAUUGGCCGUAAUUGUGAGAAAUUUGGCAUUGUGGUCCAUGAGUUGGGCCACGUAGUGGGUUUCUGGCAUGAGCACACCCGCACCGAUCGCGACAAUCACAUCAUCAUCAACAAGGCCAAUAUAAUGAAGGGUCAGGAAUAUAAUUUCGAUGUUCUCUCUCCCGAAGAUGUGGACUCUUUGGGGCUGCCCUAUGAUUACAACUCCAUAAUGCAUUAUGCACGAAAUACUUUUUCCAAAAGUGUUUACCUUGAUACCAUACAACCGAUAGGGGUGCGUGAGAAUGAAAAAAUUGACAUAGGCCAAAGGGUGCGUUUGAGUAAAGGUGAUAUAGCCCAGGCCAAUCUGCUCUACAAAUGUGCCACUUGUGGUCGAACCUUUCAGCAAAAUACUGGACAAAUUAUAGCUCCCCAUUAUGACUAUAAGGGAACCGAGACGAAUGCCAAUGAAUGGGAUGUGGAGGGCAGCGGCAAUGGUGUAUAUGAUGAGGAGGAUUAUGAAUCGGAUUUCGACAAGUCUUUGGAAGCAUGUGAAUGGCGUAUUACAGCGACAAAUGGUGAAAGGAUUAUAUUACAGCUCCAUCAAGUGAACUUACUAUCAUCCACUGACUGUUCCGAGGAUUAUAUUGAAGUACGCGAUGGUUAUUGGCAUAAAUCACCGGUUAUACAGCGACUGUGUGGCAAUCACACAUCUGUGACCAUAAAAAGUGAUUCCAGUCGAAUGCUCAUAAGUUAUGUCAAUCGACAUGGCGGUGGCAGUAAAGGAUACCGCGGUUUCACAGCCGACUUUGAAGUUGUGUGUGGAGGAGACAUUAACCUCACCAGUGAUCGACGCAUUGAUUCGCCAAACUACCCUUUAGAGUAUUUUCCCGAUAAGGAGUGCAUUUGGCGCAUCACUGUACCGGAAAAUCAUCAGGUGGCCCUAAAGUUCCAGUCAUUCGAAUUGGAGAAUCAUGACAAUUGCAUUUAUGACUAUGUGGAGAUAAGGGAUGGCAACAGCACCGAUUCAGAGCUAAUUGGCAUAUUCUGUGGCUACAAACUGCCACCGAACAUCAAAACGAACGGCAAUCAAAUGUAUUUGAAAUUUGUUUCGGAUGGCUCUGUGCAAAAAGUUGGCUUCUCGGCCAUAUUCAUGGAGGAAGUCGAUGAAUGCAAAUUUGCCAAUCAUGGCUGUGAGCAUGAAUGCAUCAAUACAUUGGGGAGCUAUCAGUGUGGCUGUUAUGCUGGCUAUGAAUUGCAAGCCGACGGCAGAAGCUGUGAGGAUGCUUGCGGCGGUAUCAUUGAUGCCAGUGUGGGCAAUGGCACCGUGACCUCACCCUCUUGGCCCGAUGUUUAUCCCAUUUCGAAGGAGUGCGUGUGGGAGGUGGUGGCACCGCCCAAUCAUGCAGUAUUUUUAAACUUCACCCAUUUCGAUUUGGAGGGCACUAAAUUCCAAUACACCGAAUGCAAUUACGAUUAUUUGGUCAUUUACUCGAAAUUACGAGACAACCGCCUGAAGAAGAUUGGGGUAUAUUGUGGCCACGAAUUGCCCCCUCUUAUAAAUUCGGAGCAAAACAUAUUGCGUUUGGAAUUCUUUUCGGACAAAUCGGUGCAACAUUUGGGAUUUGCAGCUAAAUUUGAAAUUGAUCGCGAUGAGUGCAGCAUUAACAACGGAGGUUGCCAACAUCAUUGCCGCAAUACUUAUGGUUCCUACAUCUGCAGUUGUCGCAAUGGCUAUACGUUGCAUGAGAAUCAACACAACUGCACGGAAACCACCUGUAAAUUUGAGAUCACCAAUCCCUACGGUGUGGUCUCCAGUCCCCAUUACCCUGAAGAAUAUCCACGUAACAUUUACUGUUAUUGGCAUUUUCAUACCGUGUUGGGUCACAGAGUUCAGUUGACAUUCCAUGAAUUUCAAAUGGAAAAUCAUCAAGAAUGCAUUUAUGACUCGGUGGGCAUACACGAUGGCAAGUCAGAGAAUAGUUCCACGUUGGGUGUCUAUUGUGGAGGCCGCGAACCCUAUGCCGUGGUAGCUUCCUCCAAUCAUAUGUUUAUGGUUAUGAAAACUGAUGCAGGAUUGCAGAGGAAGGGCUUCAUAGCCACAUAUUCAACAGAAUGUGGCGGUUAUUUGCGAGCCACUAAUCGCACUCAGGUCUUCUAUUCACAUCCCCGUUUUGGCACUCACAACUACAAACGCAACAUGUAUUGUGUUUGGAGAUUGCAAGCGGAUCCUGAGAGCAGUGUCAAAAUAAGAUUUCUACAAUUCGAAGUGGAAUACUCGGAUCGUUGUGACUAUGAUUCGGUGGAUAUUUCCGAAGAGCAGAGUUUCCAAAGAAAUACCAAUCAUGGACGUUACUGUGGCAAUCGGAAACCUCCCAUAAUUAUUUCCUAUUCGGAUACCCUACUUGUGCGUUUCCAAUCGGAUGACAGCACUUCACUUCGGGGAUUCGCCCUCUCGUUUGUGGCAGUCGAACCCCCAGACGAUGAUGUGGCCGAUGAUUUUAUGUCCGUCACACCCUUUCCUGGUUAUAUGAAAUCAGUCUACUAUGUCUCCGAUUCUCAUACAAAUGAUGAUGGCCAUGAUGCUGACGAAGAUGAACAGGAUGACUUUCGAGGUGUACGCAAUUUUACACCCUAUCGAACACCCCAACAAAGGCUGCGUCUGUUUUGAAAUUAUUUCCAUCAUUUUCUCGUUGAAGGAAAAUGUUUGCUUGAGAUAUUAUCUUUCAAAUGCCGACAGCUCUGCAAAGGAGUGAGUGUUCAUUGUUUUGUUCAUAAUACGUUCGUAAAAAAUCCUAAAAUUUAAUUUUACUAAAUAGUUGUUGUUUAUUAUUAUUUUGUAUAAUUAAAGUCCUGUGUAAA